CAAGGAUAUCUUCCAUAAUUCAUUUUUCAUAAUCCUUUAAGCGCGCACGGUAGAUCGAAGCGACAUGCUGAAAAUCGCCAUCAUUGGCUGCCUCUGCGCAAUUGCGGUGAUCAAAGGCCAAGAUAUGCCGCCGCCGCCGCCACCCGACGGUCCACCACCACCAGCGCCGAUGGCAAAUAAUAGAGUCGCUCGUCAGGCGAUGCCCGUGCCACCGAUGAUGCCCACUCAAAUGCAAGGAGGAGCAGGCCCCGGCAAUUUGGGAAUGCAAGGACUCGGCAAUAUUCCUGACCCUACUGCUAUCGUCGCCAAAGCUCAAGAAGUUGGUAAACAAUUUUUGGGUGGCAGACGUCGUCGUCAGGCAACAACCGCGCAACCUCUCGAAUCCUAAAAUCCGGGGAAGUACGAUCCAGUUGACGAGAAAAAUCCGACGAAUCACGAUUCCGAAGUAGCCUAUCCCAAAUAUACACAAAUAUUGUACAAUCAGCAAUGAAAAACUAAAAUUAUUUUUGCCCUGAUCGCUGUUGACAUAUCCUCGAAAAAUAAAGACGAAUAAAUAGAAAA